GUAAAUGUCAAUGUCAGAAGUCAAAACAACGUGCGAAUGUUAUGGUGUGAAAACACGGGUUUUAAAUUCAUCAUUUAAUGUGAUGAUAUAAUAUUUUUAGGUGACGCAAAUAAAUAAGCAUGGCGCAUAUUUCAUUUCCUUUCAAGAAAACAAACAAGACAGUUUAUCAGAAGCCGGCUUCUGUGAUAACAGAAGAUACUAUUUACUGGAAAAAGUUAGGGUUGCCAGUAUUAGUAAAGGAGUUUGGAGCUAUAGACUAUUUGGAUUUCAGUCCUGUAGAACCUUACUAUUUUGCAGCAACAUGUUCUGUUCGAGUACAGGUUUAUGACCCAAUAACAAAAGUAGUGGCAAAGAAUAUUUCAAAGUUUGUGGAAGCAGCAUAUGGCGGGACCUUCAGAGGUGAUGGAAGGCUUAUUGUGGCUGGAAGUGAAGAAGGAGCUGUUAAACUCUUUGAUGUCCAGUCUAAGAAUGUGCUCCGAGUCUUUGCAGGGCACACGGCACCUGUUCACAGAACAUUCUUCACUAAAGACCAACUCAAAGUCCUUAGUUAUUCAGAUGACAAAUCAGUUUCUAUGUGGGAUAUUUCAACAGAGGAGAAAAUUGCUAGUUUUUCUGAACACACAGACUACAUCAGAGCUGGAGCACCCAGCCCUAUAUCUCCAGACAUUAUUCUCUCUGGAAGUUAUGACCAUACUGUUAAGCUCUAUGACUGCAGGUCCAAUGAGGUUGUCCUCACCGUCAAUCAUGGCAGUCCAGUGGAAUCAACACUGUUCCUACCAUCAGGAGGCAUAUUCAUAAGUGCUGGUGGAACAGAGAUCAAAGUAUGGGACAUAUUCAAUGGUGGCAAGCAACUAGCAAGCAUUUCACAGCAUCAUAAAACUGUCACAACUUUAAGACUAGCUAGUAACAACAGCAGACUUAUGUCUGCGUCAUUGGACAGACAUGUUAAGAUUUACGACAUAUCUACCUUCAAAGUAGUUCACAACAUAGAUUUUCCUAAUGCUGUGUUGAGUAUGGCUAUAUCUAAACAUGACGAUACCCUAGCUGUUGGUAUGAUUGAUGGAAUUAUAUCAAUAAGAAAACGAGAGAAACCUGCAAGACAAUCUGAUGAAAAGAAAGGCCUCUUCAAAUUCGCCCCAGACCAUGUCAAUUCUGGUAUUAUAGAAGAAACUCAGCAAAAAACUAAAAAACCAAAACAUAAGAAUCAAGAGCCUGAAUAUGAUAAAUUCCUCAGAAAAAUGGAGUUCAGCAAAGCUCUUUCAACUGUUCUAAAAACCUAUGUAGCUACAAGAUUUCCAGAAAGGACAGCUGCUGUGAUACAAGAAAUGUUAAGAAGGAAAGUCCUUCAUGUUGCCAUGGAUGGGUUAAAUGAGAAAGAUAUUGGGACACUACUCAAAUACUUCAAGAAAAAUCUAGGAGAGACAAGGUUUACUAGAGUCAUCAUAGAUGCUUCUAAUGUGUUUGUUGAUGUGUUCCAGACACAAAUAAAAUCAUUUUCAGAACUUAAUCUAUGGCUGUACACAUCAUUUAUGAAGGAGUUGUCAGAAGAAAUAGAAGUGUGUAAGAGAGUCAGUGAGUUAGAAGGUGCUAUAUGUAUGUUAAUGGCUGGAUCACAAAUCAGCAAUGGUGAAACUACAGAAUUAAAUGACACUUUAGCACCUUCAUCUAAAGCCCUUAAAGAAAUUGUAAUUGAUGUAUAGUUGGUGCACUUGAUUUAAUUUUAAUAAAGUUGUUUUAAGAAAAUCACA